UACAAAAUUCCUGUACUAAAAUAAGGAAAUCAACAAUGCAAAAAAUAUUAAAAUCAGCCUUCUCAACAUAACUAUACAAUUUUUACUUAAUAUAAGAAAUGUUGUAAGUAAAAAAAUAGCCAUCAUGGAUUUCAAAAACGUGGAUAAAUCGAAGUCUUCGAUGGUCGGCAAAACAACUAGUAACAAAAGAAGCUUCAGUAACGUUGCCUUCCAGACGUCAGUCGCGAAGAAGCGGGGUGUUUAUGUUGAGAAGAAAAUACAAUCAGCAAUUGAUAAUCGGGAAGCAAAAGACGUACUAAUCCAAAAUAAACCUCCCCGGAGACCGCGGCCAGGUCAAAAGAAGUUUUUAGCUUCCGUCCUUACAAUACUCUCGAAAUCAACAACGGGUACCCAGCACCCAGAAAUACAUGAUAGUGCCAAUGAUAACGUCACGAAAUUUAAGCCACAGUGUAGAAAAACAAAUAAUUCUGAAUUUAGAAUACUACAUAGAACAAAUCAAACAAAGAAAAAUAAAUAUAGGUCGAGAGUUCUGAACGAUGAGAUGCUGCAAUCAGAUAAGGAGCAACUAAUUAUAUUGGAACCGAGAAAAGAAAUAACGGUUACCCCUUCAAAUAAUUCUGUACAAAUUAAACCUGCCAGCGAUCUUAUAAAACUAACGAAUGAAAACGAACCGGAAAGAAAUGCAAUUAGAGAGAUUUUAGAACAUAAUAUCGUAGCCGAAAGGGUCACUCAAGAAAUAUUUGAAAGCAAAUCAAAAAAAGAAAAGAAACUAAGGGUUAACGACGAACCGGAAACUAUCGCUUCGCAAAUAGCGAAAGAAGACAAGAACAUGUAUAAUUUCUUCGUUGACUUGCUAGAAAAAACGAUAAGCGUUUACGAUGUAAGAACAGAGAAUCAUAACGAACUACCAGCAGUUCGCGAAGUUUCGAGAACAGCAUUUGAAAUCGACGACGCAGUUGUCAAAAAACUUGACAUCAAAAAAGAUUCACCAUCACCCGACAAUAUAAGUUAUACAUCUAAACAUAGAUAUGCUUUUGAUGUUAGUAAUAAUUUACCAAUCGAUCUUAAACCAUCGGUGUAUACACGAUGUUCACCAGUAAAACCGAAAAUCAAAGCUAAAUCAUUUGUAUACUCAAAAAAUAUUAUUAGAGAAGCUAAGCUGGCACCGAAAUCGAAGAGCUUUGAAAUAAACAAUAAAUAUAAUAAGAAAUCAAACAAGAAAGAGAUUAUAAACCUUUUAAAAGAAGAGUUAGCAAAGGACACAAACACUUUUAAUGAGCCAGACAGUUUAUACGACGCUCUAAAAGUUAUUGCAAAAAAUAAAAAGCGUAAUGAGAAAUCUAUACAUUACGUUAAUAAAAUAACCAAUAGUCAAAACGUUUUAGAUAAGGAAUGUAUGUUUGAACGUCGGACAGUGAUAUCAUUUGGGUCGAAAAGAAAGAACACAGUGAGAAACAACCGAAAGUGUGUAAAAGAUUUGAGAAAGAGUCAUUCUCCUUCUAACCAUUCGCUAGAAGUUUAUGGAUAUGAUUAUGAACAGCCCGUGAAACUUCCAGAAGUGAAGCGUGAGAAAAGAAUUAUUUUGAACUACCAUUCUUCACCGUCGGUCAGCGAGUUAAAUUUGGAGGAUGGUAAUGCUUCAAUUAGCAAUAUAUUUGGUAGUUCAAGCAGUGAUAUUUUAGAUUUUUAUCGAUAGCUCGAUAUGAAUACUAAUGAAAAUGUUCUUUAGGUUUCGUUACGCAAACCAAUAUUUUCUGAAUUUGGCACUUUGACGUGACUAUUACAAAAUUCACAUAACCAAUUACAAACCUAUACAUAACAUAUAUACGAACUUUACUUUACUUUCAUUAUAUUCUAACACGGCCAUACUGACACAGUUUUCGCCCCGAAAUACACAGGGUAUUCCUAACACGGCAAUACUGACACCUACUACGUCCCGAAGUACAUAGGCUAUAUUUCUAAGACAUGCAAAUCUCUAAACAAAUCUGACAAGUCUAAAAUUAGGUACAACAGGUUCUCGUUGACCUGCGCUAUUUUUAAACUGCAUUGUUCUUUCCUAUUUUAUUAAUUUAAAAUGCAUAUAAAAA